UGUCAAAUAUAUUUAAGUUAGCUCAGACCCAUCCCUACCAUUGACUAGAGACCAGAUUCCUAGACCCCAGUAUGUGAAAUGAAACAGUCGUAGAAAGUGAUUCAGAGAAUCAAAGAACCCAAGAACAAGAAAGAGAAAUCUCUGUGUCUUUCUCAAGCUCAAUCAUGGCGAACGCUGUUCCUAUAGCCUACCAGGGCAGCAACACAUCCUUGGCGGUGCCGGAUUGGCUCAAUAAAGGUGAUAACGCAUGGCAGAUGACGGCAGCCACCCUUGUUGGCCUUCAAGGUAUGCCUGGUUUAGUUAUCCUCUACGGUUCUAUCGUUAAAAGGAAAUGGGCUAUUAACUCUGCUUUCAUGGCUCUCUAUGCCUUCGCUUCGGUUCUCCUCUGUUGGGUCACUUGGGCUCAUAGAAUGUCCUUUGGAGAUAAACUUCUACCCUUUUGGGGUAAAGCUGGUGUUGCUCUUGGUCAGAAUUUUCUCAUCAGGCAAGCCAGAUUGCCGGCAACAACCCAUUAUUAUAGCGACGGCAGGGUUGAGACGGCGGUGGUGGCGCCGCUUUAUCCGAUGGUGACGAUGGUUUACUUUCAGUAUGUGUUUGCUUCAGUCACAGUGGUUCUCAUCGCCGGGUCUCUCUUGGGGAGAAUGGAUUUCAGGGCUUGGAUGGUUUUUGUUCCAUUAUGGGUCACCUUUUCCUACACCGUCGGUGCAUUCAGUAUAUGGGGUGGUGGGUUUUUGUUCCAGUGGGGUGUGAUGGACUACUCUGGAGGAUAUGUGGUCCAUCUUGCAUCUGGAAUCUCCGGGUUCACUGCUGCUUAUUGGGUGGGACCGAGGUUAACGAAGGAUAGGGAGAGAUUUCCUCCAAAUAAUGUGGUCCAGAUGUUGGCGGGUGCUGGGCUUCUAUGGAUGGGGUGGGCCGGGUUCAAUGGUGGUGACCCGUUUUCGGUAAAUACAGAUUCAUCAAUGGCCGUGUUGAACACCAAUAUCUGUGCGGCCACAAGCUUAUUGGUGUGGACGGUUCUUGAUGUGGUAGUCUCCGAGUCAAAGAAACCGUCGGUGAUCGGUGCCGUUCAGGGUAUGAUCACGGGGCUUGUUUGUAUCACUCCUGGUGCAGGUCUGGUUCAUGGUUGGGCUGCUAUUGUUAUGGGAGUACUUUCCGGCAGUGUCCCUUGGUUUACAAUGAUGGUCAUCAACAACAGGUGGUCUUUGCUACAGAAGGUUGAUGAUACUCUUGGUGUACUCCACACUCAUGCUGUGGCCGGCACUCUGGGGGGCAUUCUUACCGGUGUCUUCGCCGAGCCCGUGCUGUGCUCCAUGUUCUUGCCAGUCACCAACAGUCUAGGCCUAAUAUAUGGAGUUCGUACUGGUGGAAUCCAAGUCGGGAAACAGAUCGUCGGGGCCCUUUUCAUUAUCGGUUGGAACUUGGUCGUCACUUCUAUCAUUUGCUUGGUGAUUAAGUUGGCAAUCCCGUUGCGGAUGACAGAUGAUGAACUAAGGAUUGGAGAUGAUGAAGUCCACGGGGAAGAAGCCUAUGUCUUGUAGGCGAUGGCGAGGCUCCAUGCCUCAUCUAUGGAACUCGGCUGGUGGUAUACAAGUGGCAGAAGCCAUAGCCAUAUUGCCAUGUGGGGUGAUGGCGAGAAAUAUGAUUCUUCUUUCUUCUUCUUCUUUUUUUUUUUUUUUCUGAAGAAAUAUGAUUCUACUAAGGCAUGGUUGGUGCCUUAGUGAUGAUACAGUGUUGGUUGUAUGUGUCCAUCAAAGUGGGCCCAUCAUGUUGACAAGGCACGAGUGUAAAAGUUUGAAUUAAAAAUUUAAACUCUCACCUCCCAGUUAAGGGUUUGUAAUCUUCAGCCACUUUUAAGUGGUUAUAUGUGCUUAGUCACGAUAAGGGAAGGAAAGAGUUAGUUUAG